UCCUCCUUCUUCUUCCUCUUCAAGAAUCUGUCUCUCUCUCUCUCUCUCUCUAUGGACUGCUCGCUAUCGCCACCACCACAACCCCCAAAAUCUGAUCUUGAUCGCCGCCGGAGCAAUACCCAUCAUCACCCACAACACCGUUGACAUGUCGCAGCCGCCGCAACCCGUCACCAAAAGCCACCACCCCCACCACCACCACCACACCCACCUCCCGUUCCUCCGCCACCAGCCCACCGCCGCCCUGCCCGAGCUCUUCUUCACCGCCCUCUCGGUCCUCUUCCUCUUUUCCCACCCUUCUUCCUCCUCCUCCUCCUCCUCCUCCUCCUCCACCACCGCCGCCGCCGCCGCAGCUAAAGCCAGGGCCCUGAAGAUCCCGUUCUUGUCCUGCCCCUUGAACCCCCGGCGGUUCCUCGGAAUCCCCACCAUGUCCCGCCCCAGCCCCAAGACCCGCCACCGCUUCGCCACCCCGCAGUCCCUCUCCGACUGGCUCAGGCCUCGGCUCCCCUCCGACUCCUUCGCCUCCUGGGGCGUCAAGCCCGGCACCAAGAACGUCCACAACCUCUGGCUCGAGAUAUCCGAGGGCGAGACCUCGCUCGCCGAUUCCGUGCCCCCGAUCCGCACCGUCAGCGUCGUCUCGGUCCGCGUCGUCGGAGCCGACGGUCGGGUUCUCGUCGAGUCGCGCCAGGAACUGUCCGACGGCAGCGUCCGCCAGCGGUGCAGGCCCUUGUCGGAGAAGAUGAAGCCGAGCGAGACGCCCGAGAUGGCGGUGAUCAGGGCCGUGAGGGAAGAAUUGGGGUCGGUGAUUCGGGUGGAGAUCGGGAAUUUCGGGGAUGUUGUGAGGAUUGUUCCGGGAUCGUAUGAGAUGAAAGUGGAGGAGAGGAAUUCGAUGUCUUAUCCGGGGUUGCCGGCGUGUUACAUGCUGCACUCGUUCGAGGUGGAGGUCGAGGGGCUGCCGGAGGACGCGGAGUUCUGCACGGAGGAGGAGGAGGAAUACGAAUGCAGCGGCGGCGAUGCGGGCGUUGCGAACAGGGCGGUCUCUGUGAAGAGGCAUUACUGGAAAUGGGUGAGUGCUGAUUCUAUUGAAUCUUGAAAUUUUAGUUUUUGGCUGGAGGGUUGGGAGUUUUGGCUCUUCAAUUUGACAAUUUUGGUGUUUUUUUGCUUUCUUUCUGUUCUGUUCUUUUAUUAUGUAUACGAUAGAGAAUAAGGCGCGAUUCGAUAACGUAUAUGAGGUUGAGCCUUACGUGAGCUCGUCAAGAUGGUUGUAGCUCUGGUAAUAGCUUGCAUCUUCAGAUGGAGUGAUGGUUGUGUAGAGCUUUUUUUAGCUUAUGAUGAGCCUGAUGUAAAUUCGCUCAUGACAUCUCUUAUUCAGUGAUAUGAUGAGCUUCAGUAAUGUGAUUCUUUGAGUUCUCAUGGUGC